UUUUUAUCCAAUGUCCAGCCAUUCUUUUAUAAGAAGGAGAGCGGACGAGGAAAAACGUUUCCCUUCCGCAUACCGACAUUGGCAACUAAAGACUGCGAAAAGAUGCCCGGCAACCAUACUGUAUCAUUUCUGAAUGCUCCUCUAGGAGGAUCUCUGCUGGCACCAGCAUGGACAUCUAUUACAAACAAGUUUUCGGACAGGAGCCUAUUUCUAUAUGGGACUUUCUCGGUCCAGUUCCUUGUCUUCUGGAUCCCGUCCCUCCUCUACCUCCUCGUUGACGUGUACCGGCCCUCAUUCCUUCAUCGCUACAAAAUCCAGCCAGAAGUUCAUCCCCCACCCAAGCUUCUACGUCGGUGCGCUCUUUUGGUGCUGUUUAACCAGUUCUUUGUUGCUGGGCCCCUGUUAUGGCUGACAUAUCCGCUCAUGCUACAACGUGGCGUCCAUGUCUCACCUACACUUCCGUCGCCCCUGGAAAUCAUGCGGGAUUUUACGAUAUCCUUGAUCGCGGAAGAGAUUUUAUUUUACUACAGUCAUCGGCUACUUCACGCACGACCAAUUUACAAGUAUAUUCACAAGCUUCACCACCAGUUCACGGCACCCGUGGGCAUGUCGGCCGAGUAUGCCCAUCCAAUUGAGCAUAUCCUUUCCAACAUUGUCCCUGUGGUCGUCGGUCCGAUCUUGAUGGGUUCGCACCUGGUGACUAUGUGGCUCUGGCUUUCUAUGGCGCUCUUUACCACUGUAACAGUCCAUGCUGGGUAUGAUUCGCCUCUUCAUCGCGGGAUCGCUAGGUUCCAUGACAUGCAUCAUGAGAAAUUCACGAGUUGUUUUGGGGUUAUGGGUGCGUUGGAUUUGCUGCAUGGGACAGAUCAUGCGUUUAGAGAAAGGUAUGGGGGAAUUGGCUGGGUUAAGGUACUACUAGGAGCGGACAAAGGCAAUGGAAGCUUGGUGAAGGGGAAGAAGGCAGAAUAA